GGGGCCGGGGUCGGGGGGGACACGGGGCCGGGGUCUGUAACACACGGAGUAGCCAUGAGUCGGAACUGACCCAGUGACAACGGGUUUGGGUUUAUUUUAAUGAAUAAUGAUGCUGAGCAUUUUUUCAUGUGCUUGUUGGUCAUUUUGCCCAUGUUUUGAUUGAGUUUUUUGUCUUUUUGUUGUUAAGUUGUAGGCGUUCUUUAUCUAUUCUGGAUAUUAAACCUUUAUCAGAGAGAUCAGAAAAAUGGGGCCCAUAGGAAACCAGUGACUUGCUCGGUGAAGAUAACACAAGCAGGAGGGAGCAGUCCCCAGAGAAGGACACCAUGCUCGGUAAAAUAGAAGGUCAGCGACAAAGAGGAAGACCCUCAACGAGAUGGAUUGACACAGUGGCUGCGACAGUGGACUCAAGCAUAACAAUAAUUGAGAAACAUGAACUGGAAGAUGCUAAAGUUGGAGCGCCUGCUGCGAUUUCACACUAUUUGUAGGCAGCUGUGCAGCCUGGCUCAAAGAAGAACAUUGGUGCUGCAGAGGCAUGUGUCAUCCUCAGGGUACCCAGCGUGGACGGCUCCGCUGCACGCCUGGCCCUGGCGAACAGACAUGAUCAUCGGGGCUGCUUUAUCUCAAUAUAAGCCUCUAGUAACAAAGAAGGAAGGGAGAUCCCAGGAAUCUCAGUUAUCUCUGACAAAAUCUGAAAAGAAGGUGGAGGUAUGGAUUGGAAUGACUCCUGAGGAGCUGGCCAGAGCAGUGGGAAAAGACGCAGAUUUUGUAUAUGAAGCUUUAUUGAACAUUGAUAUCGACAUAGAUUCAAUAGAAGAAAACUCUCAGUUAGAUGAAGCCUGUAUCAAAGAAGUGAUAAAGAAGGCAGGGAUGAAGUUAAAAUGGAACAAAUUAAAACAGGACAAAGUAAGAGAAAAUAAAGAUGCAGUAAGAAGGCCCCAGGCAGAUCCAACUUUAUUAACCCCAAGGUCCCCGGUUGUUACUGUAAUGGGCCACGUCGAUCAUGGGAAAACGACGAUACUUGACAAACUGCGAAAAACUCAAGUGGCAGCAAUGGAAGCUGGAGGCAUCACUCAGCACAUUGGUGCCUUUCUUGUCUCUCUGCCUUCUGGAGAAAAGAUCACCUUUCUGGAUACUCCGGGACAUGCUGCCUUCUCAGCAAUGAGGGCCAGGGGCGCUCAGGUCACGGACAUUGUCAUAUUGGUUGUAGCGGCAGAUGAUGGAGUAAUGAAACAAACAGUCGAAUCUAUUCAGCACGCCAAAGACGCUCAAGUUCCUAUUGUCCUUGCCAUCAACAAAUGUGACAAAGCUGAGGCCGAUCCUGAAAAAGUGAAAAAGGAGCUGCUGGCUUAUGACGUGGUGUGUGAGGAUUAUGGAGGCGAUGUUCAAGCAGUGCACGUCUCUGCUCUUACGGGUGACAAUCUGAUGGCUUUGGCAGAAGCAACAGUUGCCCUGGCAGAGAUGUUAGAAUUGAAAGCAGACCCCACCGGCCCAGUGGAAGGAAAGGUCAUAGAAUCUUUCACAGAUAAAGGAAGAGGUCCUGUCACUACAGCCAUCAUUCAAAGAGGAACUUUGAGAAAAGGCUCGAUUCUGGUCGCUGGACAGUGUUGGGCCAAAGUACGCUUAAUGUUGGAUGAAAACGGCAGAGCAGUCACUGAGGCCUGUCCCAGCAUGGCAGUAGGAAUUAUGGGCUGGAGGGACCUCCCUUCAGCAGGAGAUGACAUUCUUGAAGUAGAGUCUGAGACGAGGGCCCGCGAAGUUGUCGACUGGAGAAAGUAUGAGCAAGAGCAGGAGAAAAAUAAAGACGACCUGAAAGCCAUCGAAGAAAUGCGAAAGGAACACCAAGAGGCGCGUCGGAAAGACCAGGAGAAGUACGGCGAUGUGCACUGGAGGCAGAGGUCCUUCUUAAAGUACCAAGAAAAAAAACGACAGAAAGUCUUAAAGACCAAAGAGAAAGCAGAAAGAGAUUCAAACACCCUCUCCGUAAUUAUUAAAGGUGAUGUUGAUGGGUCUGUUGAGGCCAUUUUGGACAUUGUGGAUACCUACGAUGCUUCUCAUGAGUGUAAACUAGAAUUAGUACAUUUCGGAGUGGGUGAUAUUAGUGAAAAUGACGUUAACCUUGCCGAAAUGUUUGGCGGCAUCGUAUAUGGCUUCAACGUGAAUGCGGGCAAUGUUAUCCAGCAGUCAGCUGCAAAAAAAGGAGUGAAGAUUAAACUUCACAAAGUCGUUUACCAUCUUAUUGGAGAUUUGCAGGAAGAACUGAGCAGCAGACUUCCCUACAGGAUGGAAGAACACCCAGUAGGUGAGGCUUCCAUACUAGCUACCUUCUCUGUGACAGAAGGGAAGAAAAAGGUUCCUGUGGCUGGCUGCAGAGUCCAAAAGGGACAAUUAGAGAAAAAACAGAAAUUUAAAUUAAUCCGUAACGGACAUGUUAUUUGGAAGGGUUCAUUAACCUCACUGAAACACCAUAAGGAUGAUGUUUCAGUCAUCAAAACUGGAAUGGACUGUGGUCUCAGUUUGGAUGAAGAAAAUAUAGAAUUUAAAGUGGGAGAUGAGAUGGUUUGUUACGAAGAAAAAGAAGUUCCAAGCAAGACUUCUUGGGAUCCAGGAUUUUAAAAUUAUAUUAAAAAAUGACAACAUCUUGUUUCAUUAUAGAGCAACUAGUUUUGUUUUACUGAAGGGGUAAGCAUUCAAGAUUACAGCACUCUGGUCAGAAGUACUCAAGUUGCUCCACCGAGUGUUACUGUGCAUUAGAAAACACCGUCAGUGCUACAGAAGCGGACCUUAUUUAAGCCUCCAGCUAGAAACCCUGGAGUGGAACAGCAGCAGUGUAAUAAAAGGGACUGUACACCAUUGGUGUACCACUGAGUGCCACGAUCACAAUUGAACAUCCUCCAAGCGUAUGCUUUAGUUAGAAGUAGUGUGCAGUCAGUCCUACGGGAAUUGAGCUUCACGGGCAAAAUGUUCUCAGGUGCAGUGGAGUCCGUUUCUGAAACGCAGUGACCUACCGUGACAGAGUAGGACUGCCCCAUAGGGUUUUCUAGGCCAUACUCUUUAUGGAAGCAGACCAUCAGGUCUUUUCUGGAGCUACUGAGUGGGGUUCACACCACCAACCUUUUGGUUAUUGGCCAAGUGUUUAACCGUUGCAAUAACAGGGCUCUUUGGGGGAAAAAAAAAAAAACAGUUGCCAUCAAGUGGAUUCCAACUCAUGGCUACCCUAUAGAAUGGAGCAGAACUGCGUCAUGGGGUUUCCAAGGCUGUCAUCUUUACAGAAGCAGACUGCCUCAUCUUUCUCCGGUGGAGGAGGCUGGUAGGCUGGAACCCGGCUUUUGGUUAGCAGCUGAGCUCUUAACCACUUCGUCACCAGGACUCCUUCCUUGAGCAAAAAACAGUGUCAAAUACCGCUUGAAAUUUUUUUAGUGUUAGCGGCACUAAUAGGUAAUCCCUUUAAACCAGAACAAAACCAAACCUGUUGCCAUCAAGUUGAUUCUGACUCAGUGACUCUGUAGGACAGAGUAGAACUGCCCCAUAGAGUCUCCAAGGAGUUGCUGGUGGAUUCAAACCGCUGACCUUUUGGUUAGCAGCUGAACUCUUAAACUGCUGUGCCAACAGGGCUCCAGAUUCCUUCUUUAAAGAGUUUAAAUUCCUAGGAGUUCAUACUUGGUAUUGGCAUUAGUGUAUCCCCUUGUCCCCUAAACAUCCCAAACCACCCAGGGAUACUGAGGAUACAUUUUGAAGUUGGUGACUUAAGCUCAGCCUUUAAAUUUUCUGUAUAUCAAAACAAAUAUGCUGUAGCUUUUAGGUUAAGAUCAUAAGCUUCUAAGUAUUCUUUGUCUUAAGAGAAAACUCAUACAAAAGUCUAUCUGGAGAUUUUGUCCCCCAUCCCUGGGGACAUCUGGCAUUAUCUGGAGACAUUCUGGGUUGUCAUUAACUGGGUGGGGGUGUGCUACUGACAUUUAGUUGAGGCCAGUGAUACCGCUCAUCAUGACGCACAGGAUAGCCCCCCACGACAGAAUUUCUGACCCAAAAUGUCCCUAGUACUGAGGUUGAGAAACUCACAAACUAUUGUCUGUCUAGAUAACUUAUGUAGUAAGUACAGUCUUAACUUUGCUGCUAAAGUAUAAUUAGGUUAAUUUAGAGCUUAUGUUAUCAGUCCUCAUUCUCUCCUCCCCACCCCCUUGUAACCACUAUUUUCAGUCUGACCUUCCCUAUUUUGGGUAUUGCAUAUAAAAAUUAGAUAGUAUGACUUUUUGUGUCUUAUUUCACUCAGCAUGUUUCCAAGGUUUAUCCAUAUUGUAGGAUGUAUAUUUCAUUUUUUAUGGCCAAAUAAUUAUUAUGGACAUUUGGGAAGCCCUGGUAGUAACGUGGUUAAGAACUUGGCUGCUAAACCAAAAGGAUGGCAGUUCCAACCUACCCGCUGCUCCUUGGAAAUCCUAUGGGGCAGUUCUACUUUGUCCUAUAAAGUUGCUGUGUCAGAAUCAAAUUGACAACUAUGGGUUUGGUUUGGGUAUGUAAUGAAAACACCACAGACCUUACCAAGUAGUUGGCACCAGGCAAGUAUCCAGAGCCAAUGACUGGAUCACACAAUCCGCAGAAGGAAAAUUCACAUAAUAGCACGUCAGAGAGGCGCUAUCAACAGAAAUCAAGUGGCCGUCGGUUUGAAGCUGAAAAAUCAUUCUGAAAAACUAUUUCAAUAAAACUCAACAACUAA